AUGAACAACGAUGGUCCUUACCCGAACGCACCUCGAGGCCCAAAUCCACUCCUAGAGCAAGGUCAACUAGCAUCACCACCAUAUUCCGGAGGAGGAGGACCGAACGGCCCAAUGAACGGUGGUUUCCCACCAGGUCCAAGGAGCGCCGGCGGGCCCUCGCCGCCACCUUCUGUCGGUCGAUCGAGCACAGCAACUGAUCUUUAUGCGAGGAGCGAAAGCGGUCGCAGCGGGCGAGAGAUAAAUGUGGAGGCUGUAUUGGGGGAACACUAUGUGGCGCUGAAGCGCUAUCUGUCGCAGACGUCGCGCGACGGCAAGCCGAACCCUCCUGCAAACAAGGCCCGCGACAAGCUGCAGCGCCUGACCGGCGUUCAAUUUCUUGAACUCAGUACCGAUGUGUUCGACGAGUUGCUGCGAAGGCAGGCCUUCAGCCGAAGACCUCCAAACGCACCGCCCAAUGUCGGUCCACCACCAUACCUGAUCCCGGAGGACACCUUCCACCCCAAGCGGAACCAGGCUCGGCAGAAGCUCUCCUCGCUCGGCCCUCCUCGCUUCCGCGAUCUCGCGACCGAUGUCUUUUGCGAACUGGAGCGGAGAUACCCGCGCUUCGUGGCCGGUGACAUUCCGCGAUUGUCGAGUCCGGUUUCGACGAGAGCUCCUAGUAGAGCUGGGACUCCCAUGGGCGGAUAUCCCCCACGCGGUAUGGGGAGAAGGCAGCCUAGUAAUGCCAGUUCCAUACGCGGAGCUGGAUCCAUUGUCGAUGGAUACGACAUUCCUCCUUCCCCUGGAAUGCCACCUAGUGGCUACGAUCGCCCGACCCCGAAACAAUUUCAGAGCAAUACGAUAAUACCUAACAAGAGCACGAUGGUGGAGGAGGAUGACGAAGGCGAUGAUGAUCAGGCACAGAACGCUUACGCACUCGGUGGAAGAGAGCAAAGUGAUGCUCCGUCAGAGAAUGACAAACGAAUCAUGGACGACUAUGAGAUACAAUUACGAGAGCUACGUGAAAAGCUUGACAGCAUGGAAGACCAGUUAAGAAAGAAAGAUGACGAGAUGAACGAGAUACUUGAUGGCGAACGGUCGAGGUCCACUGCCGCAAAUGCUGAGAAGACGGAACUGUCGAACAUGCGCUUGGGAUUGGAGAGCCAGCUCGCGGAAGCCCAAAACCUGAACGACUCCCUGAAGGAUCAGCUCGAUCGUCUAAGAGAUGAGCACUCCAACGAGACUCGACAGCUUCGCGACGAGAUCGAGGAGGCUCGAUCCUCUGUAUCAGAGAUGGGCUCUGGCCGAAACGACCCCGAACUGGUGCGAGAGAACGAAGAAUUGCGAGCAGCGCUCGAGGAGCAGCGACAAACGACUAUGCAAGUCAGACGAGAAGCCCAGGAGUUCCUCCGGGAGAUGAAGAUGCUGUCUGCGCAGAGUGGCUCCUCAUGGGCCAAGCAAGGCGAACUCGAGAAGACGAUCGAGACUCUGGAGCUUGAAGUCAAAGACUGGCGCAACCGUUACGCCAGGGCGAGGACUCAGCUACGCAGCAUGCGAUCUUCAUCUAUGGACAUGUCUGUCGAUCAAGACGCGGGCCGAUACGUCCGUGAAAAGGGCUUUACGGAUGACAAUGGUCUUGUUAAGGAUGUCCAUGUCACUAAGUUCCAGGUUGCCAUCGACGAGUUGCUAAGGCGUGCCCGUGUCGAGGAGCCAGACAAGGUCAUCGAUUCGAUGAAAUCCGUUGUUAUGAGCGUGCGGCGCAUCACUAAGGAUAUCGACGCCUCGUCAUCAAACGACCAAUCACAACAGCAGCGUAAGCAGCUCAAGAGCCGCGUGUCUUCGAUGGCCAACAACUUGAUUACCGCUGCAAAGACUUUCGCGACGUCAGCUGGCAUGUCGCCAAUUUCUGUGCUUGAUGCCGCGGCCUCGAACCUUGUCGGUGCAAUCGUCGACCUCCUGCGCGUGGUCAAGAUCCGGAUCACUCCCGACGGAGAGCUUGAGGAGGAUGAUGAUGGCACAGCGACACCGGUGGGCUCUGUCGGUGUCUUCUCACCUCGGACGGCCAAGUCGCAAUCCAUACAGAGCGCCUACCAGCAAGACCCAUACCCACAAGAACUACCCCCUCCCCCUCCUUUCCAGGGUCUUGGGAGGAGGUCCAGCAUGGACUCGUCUGCGUACAGCCCAGUGAACUCGCCGCGCGAGUCGGUUGAGACGUACAACAAGUCGAAUGGAAACGGAUUCCCGCCCGCGUCGAAUGGAUAUGGUAUGCGCCGAGUUGACUCCAGGACGGAAGAUCUUAAGGUAUAUCUUGACGAUCAGACCGCCAUCUUGGUGCAGACCAUCCAGAGCCUUGUCGGCUUGAUCCGCGGCGCCGCUGACAUCAGCCGUAUCGAGCCGUUGAUCCGCUCCAUUGUCGAGACUGUCGGCAAAGUCAUCUCCGAGACUGAGGCAUCUGGCAACGGUGACAUGAUCGGACGCCUCGCCGAUUCUCAGCAACGUCUGAUGGAGGCUGGCGAGCGCGGUCAGGACCUGGCCGCCGAUGGCAAGAACGAGCGCGACCGCGAGUGGCGCAUGUGGACACAGACGCUGCCGCCCAUCGCGUUUGAGAUCGCCCGCGAGACCAAAGAGCUUGUCCAACGCAUCGGCCAGUUGGUCUCGAGCGAAGAAGACUUCUCUUAG